CUUGCUCGGAGACCCGCGAUGGCGCCCCGGCGGCUGCAGCUUCUGCUGCUCGUGGGGCUCGCGGCGCAGAUCUUCCUGCCGGUCGCCUUGGCCGCCGUCGGGGCGGAGGCGGACGCGGCUCUUCUGCCGCCCGCCGACAUGCUGCUGGCGGCCGGCGCGGACUCUUACGGGCGAGGGGACUGGGGCGCCGUCAUCUUGCAGAUGGAGCGGGCGCUGAGGUCCCGGGAGGCUCACCGGGCGCGCCUCGUCCAUUGCCGCCUGCUCUGCUCCGACGACGCCAACCGCACCGACGACGCCGGCACUGGUCCGCCUUCGCAGGAGCCUGCGGGAGACCGGCAGCGGCGCCAGCUCGGCGACCUCCGCUUCUUCCGACGGCUCCUCCGCCGCGCCGCUUGCCUCCGCCGCUGCCUGCCGGACGGCGUCUCUCGGUAUCAGCUGGGGGAAGAGACCGAGCUGGAGUUCCGCAAGCGCAGCCCUUACAACUACCUCCAAGUGGCUUAUUUCAAGAUCAACAAGCUGGACAAGGCUGUGGCUGCUGCCCACACCUUCUUUGUGGCCAAUCCCGACCACAUGGAGAUGAGGCAGAACCUGGAGUAUUACCAGAUGAUGGCCGGAGUGAAAGAGUCAGACUUUGUCGACUUAGAAGCCAAGCCGCAUAUGCAAGAAUUCCGCCUGGGGGUGAGCUAUUACACAGAAGAGCAACCCCAAGCAGCUGUUCUGCAUCUGGAAAAGGCGCUGGAGGAGUACUGGAUCGCCGAUACAGAGUGCCGAGCCCUCUGUGAAGGGCCAUAUGAUUAUGAAGGCUACAAUUACCUGGAAUACACUGCGGACCUUUACCAAGCUAUUAUUGAUCAUUACCUGCAAGUCUUGAGCUGCAAGCAGGCGUGUGUGACGGAACUCGCUUCUGAGCCCGGCCGGGAGAAGCCCCUGGAGGAUUUCCUCCCGUCCCAUUUCAACUACCUGCAGUUUGCCUACUACAACAGUGGCGACUACGAGAAGGCCAUCGAGUGCGCAAAAACCUAUUUGCUCUUCUUCCCCGAUGACGAAGUGAUGAAGCAGAACUUGGCCUAUUAUACGGCUGUCCUCGGAGAGCACCUGGCCGGACCCCUCCAGCCCAGAGAGAAUGUCUGGGCCUACCAGCGCCGCAGCCUUGUGGAGAAAGAGCUGCUCUUCUUUGGCUACGAUGUCUUUGGGAUUCCUUUUGUGGACCCGGACACGUGGACCCCCGAGGCGGUGAUUCCCAAGAGGCUGCGAGAGAAACAGAAGGUGGAGCGUGAGACGGCAGCCCGCAUCUCGGAAGAGAUUGGGAAUCUCAUGAAGGAGAUAGAGACGCUGGUGGUGGAGAAAACCAAGGACUCCACGGAUAUGAGCAAGCUUGUGCGGGAAGGAGGCCCCUUGAUGUAUGAUGGGCUCAGCAUCACCAUGAAUUCAAAGCAGCUGAAUGGCUCCCAGCGCGUGGUGGUCGACGGCGUCCUCUCCGAUGAGGAGUGUCAAGAGCUACAGAGACUAACAAACGCAGCUGCCUCCGCCGGGGAUGGCUAUCGUGGGAAGACCUCCCCUCACACGCCUAGUGAGACCUUCUAUGGUGUGACUGUCUAUAAAGCCCUAAAGCUAGGACAGGAAGGCAAAGUGCCGAUGCGCGGCGCAUACCUCUAUUACAACGUGACGGAGAAGGUCCGCCAGGUGAUAGAGUCCUACUUCCGUCUAGACGUGCCGCUCCACUUCUCCUACUCUCACCUGGUGUGUCGCGCAGCGAUAGACGAGAAGCAGGAGGACCGGACAGAUCCCAGCCACCCUGUCCACGUGGACAACUGCAUCCUUAAUGCAGAGGCCCUGGAGUGCGUCAAGGAACCACCAGCAUAUACAUUUCGGGAUUACAGCGCCAUCCUCUAUUUAAACGGGGAUUUUGAGGGCGGAGCCUUUUACUUCACCGAGCUGGAUGCCAAAACCAUAACGGCUGAAGUGCAGCCCCAGUGCGGCCGAGCGGUGGGGUUCUCUUCAGGCUCCGAAAACCCUCACGGAGUGAAAGCUGUCACCAAGGGUCAGCGCUGCGCCAUCGCCUUGUGGUUCACCCUGGACCCUCGCCACCGCGAACGGGACCGGGUGCAAGCCGAUGACCUCGUGCGCAUGCUGUUCAAUACGGAAGAGACAGAGCUACCUCCAGAGCAGGCGACGGCAACGCAAGCCUCUCUUCCGGGCUCGACAGAAGUUCCACAACCGGGGCCCGCUGCUGGGAAAGAUGAACUGUAGCUUCCAGCUGC